AUAUCUAUAUAAACCCACGGUAACGGCACGGCUAACUUACGCUGGUUGUCUCCUGUCCUCUAGCUUCUCUCACCGAUCCAGCCAGAGCAAACCGAGUUCGACGUUUCUCACGCUGAAACACCCAGGAUAAGGUGAAUUUUGCCGCUGGUAAAUUGGACAGAACUUUGAUGUUGUUUGAGAUUGUUUCUCAGCAAAAUUCUUUUGCCGCAGAUGAACUAUAUAGGACUUAUAGGGUAAUUGUUUGAAAAAAUGAGAUGUGUUGCAUUAUAGUUUGAUAUGGGUCCUGAUUUGGAGCUCACAGAAAGAUCAGGAAUGGUUAUGGAAGCUUCAUCAAGUAAGGAAAAUGGAAAUGUCAUGAAAGAAUCAGAAGAUAAGUAUAUGAGGUGUGCAUUUAAUUAUGAAGACGACACCUUUGAAAUGGACAGAAAUAAGGAUGUGGAUCUUAACAUAAUUGAGCAUAGGAAUUCUGGUGACAUUGUGCCGGUUGAAGUUGAAGGCCAAGAUGCAACUGAGAAUUCAAGCUCUUUUGGCGGCACCAUUUCUGAAGGCGAGAAUGGUACAAUGUCGAAUGAUGCUGAACUUGAGUCAGAAUUAUGUGGUGAUGCUACAUCAUCAUUGACACUUGAUGGAUGUGGUGAAGUGUUUCGAAUGAGGAAAAAAAAAUUGACAUCUCAUUGGCGUACUUAUAUACGACCUAUUAUGUGGCGUUGUAAGUGGGUCGAACUGCAAAUUAAGAAAUUUCAGUCCCAAGCAAUUAAGUAUGAUAGGGAACUUGCAGAAUAUAAUCAGGCAAAGCAGUUUGAUCUAGAGAACUUUUCUUUAGAAGAUUUUGGUGCAAAGUCACUGCCAUUCUCUAGUCAAAGCCGAAGAAAAACAUUCAUGAGAAGAAAUAAAAGAAAAAGAGUUGAGGAGACAAUGGAUGUAGUAUCCUAUAUGUCACGCCAUAACCUGUUCUCUUAUUAUGAGAAUAAGAGGUCUGCUGCCAGUGGUACUUCUAUGGAUGAUCACUGCGGUAAUCUAGCAGUGAUUUCUGCAGAUAAGGCAAUCAAUGGCAACGAUGAUUUUGGGGCUAAUGACGAAAUCUUAUCGCUUGAGUUGAAGUAUGGUGAUGAUUCCUUGGAACAAAUACUAUGGAAAAUUGGAAAUGUACAGACUCAAGUUAGCAAGCUAAAGACCCGAAUUGACAAGGUAAUGAGUGAAAAUGCUGGAAGGUUCUCAUCCGCUGAUAACCUUAGCUUGCUUGUGCCAUGUAAUGCAUUGACUGGCUCUUCCCAAAAUCCUGCUUCUCCUUCCAACAGAAUGCGAGUAGGAUCUUCUUAUAUUGCAUCUCAGCUUAUAUCUGAGUACAACGAUAUGGGUGAUCUGAUUAUGCCUGAAAGUGCAGUUUCAAGUCAUGGAGAGGUGAUCCAUCUUCCUGAUAUGAUUGAAAGCACAGAUCAGCCUCUGGUUGGGGGUUUAUGCAAAAAUGCCGAGGAUGGAUUUUUGUUAUAUAAUCAGAGAGCCCAGGAAGAACUGAAUAACUUUGAGGAAGUUAAAAUUCUGCCUGUAGAGAAGCCCCAGGUAGUAAAGAAAGAGCAAGACAGCACUGAUCCUCAAGUUACUGCUCAAGAACUGGACCUUCCCACAGAUGAUCAGCCACCGCGAAAAAUUCGUUCCAUAUCCAAGCUUACUGCCCCAAAGAACAAGAGAAAGCGAGGUAGACGGAAGGCUGGGUCAGGGAGGUGGAGCCGGAAAUCUUCAGGUUAGCCCCAUUAUUAGGAAGUUGGUUGUUUCUCGUCUGCUGGAGUUGUCAUGGCGCAAGAAAAUCUGUACAUAUUAUGCUCUCUCUCUCUCUCUCUCUCUCUCUCACAGUAGUCAAUUGUGCUUCAGCUGUAAUCAAAUCCGUACGUGCUACUUAUGUUGCUGUUGACAGUACUGUUUCAUUUGGAUACCCAAUGGUAUAUAAUCGAGUAUAUUGCUCUUUUAAGUACAGAAA